AAGAGACAGAGAGACAGAGAAAAGACACAAAACCUUAAUCCACACACUACAAAAACCCAGGGAGGAGAGAGAGAGAGUGGCAUCUUUAGAGACAGAGCGAACUGAAGAAGAUCAAAGGGCGAAAAAAUGGCGCAUGCACAUCCACCUGGGGAAAAAACCCAAGAGGUCCCAGAAAUGGGGGUGAAAGGAAACCCAAGAAGUCCAUCGUUCAAAUUCAAUGCACAGGCACCUGAAUUUGUGCCGAGAUCACAUGCCCAGAUGCCAAUUUCUGGUUAUUUCUAUCCCUGCUUUCACUUUCUUGGUGACACUGCUUCCCCUGAUUGGUUUUACGUUGAGGACCAAGAAUUGCCUCCUUACUUGAUCUCCAAUAAUCCCAAUAUCGAUCCGCUUUCCAAUCGGUCCAAGAACGCGAUCCCGGAUGAUCUUCAACAGAAGAUCAUCAAGCAGGUGGAGUACCAGUUCAGUGACAUGAGCCUGCUGGCAAAUGAAUCCUUAGCGAAACACAUAAGUAAAGAUCCCGAAGGCUUUGUUCCAAUAUCUGUUGUUGCCUCCACCAAAAAAAUGAAGUCACUUAUUAGUAACAACCAUAUUCUCGCCCAAGCGCUCCGGUCUUCUUUAAAGCUGGUUGUAAACGAGGAUGGCAAGAAGGUUCGACGUAAGCAUCCUUUUACUGAAAAGGACAAAGAGGAAUUGCAGUCUCGCACGGUUGUGGCAGAGAAUUUGCCUGAAGAUCACUCUCAUCAAAACCUAGAGAAGAUAUUCAGUGUGGUUGGAAGCGUGAAAACCAUCCGAAUAUGCCAUCCCCAUGAAUCCAAUUCUUCUCGCUCGAAAGGCGAUUUCAUUAUCAGCAACAAGCUUCAUGCACUUGUGGAGUAUGAAACAACAGACAUAACAGAGAGAGCGGUUGAAAAGUUGAGUGAUGAAGGGAACUGGAGAAAAGGUCUCCGAGUAAGGAUGCUGCUCAGACGCUCGCCAAAGUCUGUUUUGAAGAACAGAAAGUCUGAUUUCGAUGGCAUUUUAGAGGAUGAAGAGCCAUUAUAUGAUUGUGCAGAAGAAACUUCUCACCCAAGCAACCUUGAAUUGGUCAUUGAUAGUCCUAAUGGUGAAGAAAAUUCAGCGGGGUCCAAGAAAGGAUGGGCGUGGGGGCGCGGUAAGGGCCGAGGACGCGGGCAGAGCCAGAGUAGUCGUGGCCUGAUUGCCCCGUCUCCGCUAUCAAGCAGCACCAUCCAGUGUGAGUCAUCUGCAAAACAGAAUUCCAAGGGUCCAAGAAUGCCAGAUGGUAGUAGGGGUUUCACCAUGGGAAGAGGCAAGCCAGUAAGCGCCACGAAUUCGCCGUAGGAGAGUGAGUGAUUUUGAUGGUGGCUCAAUUUUGCUGAAGGUCUACUUAGUUACUAGAAGAAUACGCAUAUGGCUCUCUGCCGACCCUAAUUAAGGAGUCUUGAGAAGAAGGGGGAUUUUGGUUAUGUAUGUGAAAUGGGUAAUUUGAUGAUUGAUUUUAAUUGAGGUGUAUAAUAUGGUAAACAAAAUUUUGGGAUGUCAUUAGCUCUUGGCAGUGAUCAUUUAGUGAUCACAUUUGUUUUUUUUUUCUCCCCAUAGAGGUACUUUGCUUUUGGGAUGGAAUUUAAUUCUCUUUUGUACAAUUCUAUUUGAAUAAUGAAGUGGAGGGAUGAACUCUCUUUCUCUCUCUCAACCAUCUCUACAUAAUAAUUUAUAAUUAUAAGCACGAAAUUUCAUAGAUCGGUUGUAAAAUGUUUUAAGAAGGAUUUUUUUCAAAACCUUGAAUAGCCAAGUAUUCAUUCUAACCAAAUGGGCGGAUGAAGGAUGCUUAAAGGUUUUUGUACCACAAGCCUAUUUGAUAAUUAUUUCAUUAUUCACUAUUACUUUUGGUGUUAAUGAUAGCAUAGAAAUACAUAGGGAUACAUAGAAUAUGGAGGGAUGAAGAAGAGUCUAAGAAAUGUGCAAGAAAUGGACGCAAAAUGAAAACUAAAAAUGUAAAAAAAUAUUCUAUCUUGUUUUCACUUUCAAGAUUUUGUUUCAUUCAUUCUUCCUUAUCUCUUCCUAUUUUCCCCAUCACCCUUCUUUAGAACCUCCUUUCACCGUAACUUUUCUCACAUCAGCACACUAAAAAC